AUGGCCAGUCAAGCCCCAACGCAGCGCAAACGUCCAGUCAGUCCUGCCACCUCGGACGUCAAGAAGCCAGGUUCGGGCACGUGCCCACGAAAACGCAGGAGCAGCUCUUCCUCUCCAUCGUUGCAUCGUUCCAGUUAUCGUCCGCUAUCUCAACCGAAGCUCCUUGAUCCUGCGGCCACAUCCUCGCCCAGUCGAGGCCUCCGUGACAGGGUUCCGCAGGAGCUCAUAGCACUUCUUGCUCAAGGUUCCACUGUAGAUACCCCCAAAGGAGUCUUGGUUGCCGACGACGACGCCUCGAAGAUGCCAGCAUCGCACCCGAACAUCGUCUAUCCCUCCUGA